CGAAGGAAGAUGGUGAAUAUUGAGGACCUUCCCAAGGAGAUGCUGCUGGAGAUCUUCCUUCGGCUCCCUUCCUGGUUCCUUCUUCGCAGUUGCCGUCUGGUUUGCUCCGGGUGGCGAGACAUGGUGGACACUCUGAACACGGGUUGGAAAGAGAAGUGUGAGCAGGCCGGCUACCCACUUGGGGUGUUGGCCGGUGUUCUCCCUGACUGGAAGACUCUCUACAUUCUUUGCAGAAUGAAGAAGAACCUCAUUAGGAAUCCCUGCGGCGAAGAGGGCCUGAACUCCUGGCAAAUUGGGCCAGAUCAAGAAGAGGCCUGGGAUGUAGGGAAGCUGUCAAGGGAUGACUCUCCCUUUGAGGAUGGAACAUGGUGCUUUGGUGCAUUUAGCGGGCCCACACCCAAAAGCCAGGUCAUCGUCUUAAAGGAUCAUGGCUACUGGGAUGAGCUGAUGGACGAAGUCAAGCCUGAUAUUGUUGUGAAAGACUGGUGCGACGUCCUUGACGAGGACCCCUACAACUACACUCUGCACGUGAAACUGUUGUCUGCUGAUUCUGAAGUCCUCUGCGAAUGUCGCGCUGAAGAGUUGGUCUUAAGUGAGCCCGGAGAGACAGAAUGGAGAGAGGGCUCAUAUACAUUCCAUAACUACCCUGCCGGAGUCCGUUACAUCUAUUUUGAACACGGAGUGACCGGUGUGGACUCUGGGGGCCUAACUAACAGCAGCAUCACUGUGGGACCCAGAUUUCCCUAGAAAGAGGAGGAACCACCAUAAGGGGAAGACAGUUCCACUCAUCUG